CUUCCGUGAGAAAUAGCUAGAAGCGCGAACUGGAGCGGACUUCGUUUUGAUGUCAUUAUCCUGUGUGUCCUACCAAUUUCUUCUCUCCUCCCGUCCUCUUUUAUUGACCCAGUUUCUUGGCUCACACACACCUAUGACUACACUCUAGUCUUCAGGUGAACCUCUAAGACACUUUUGUGCAAUAGCAUCACAAGGAGAACUUGGAAACUAUUACAAUCACGAAAGACAGAAUAUAGAAUGACCACAACUGGUACCAGAAUGGCUGGAGGUAGGAAGCAGAGAUGUCAUGCAGAAGCACAAAAGCAGGGUGAAAACAUUAAAGAAGUAAACGAUGUACAAGCUGGCAAAGUAGAUGUCUCUGAUUGUAUUCGCCAAGAAAUUGAAAGCUGUUACCGGCUCAAGAUGCCUGAAGACUUCUAUCAUUUCUGGAAAUUCUGUGAGGAAUUGAAACCUGACAAGCCAUGUGAUGCUCUCAAAUCUAGUAUUGGACUUCAGCUUGUUGGACCAUAUGAUGUUCUUUCUGGAAAACACAAAAACACUAAUAAAUCAAAAGAAAUAAAUUUUGACCUUCACUGGAGAUUUUUUUAUGAUCCUCCUGAAUUUCAGACAAUUAUUGUUGGAGAUAGCAAAACACAAUAUCAUAUGGGAUAUUUCAGAGAUAUACCAGAUCAACUGCCAGUGUGGGUUGGUGAAACUGAAACCCAGAAAGGCUGUACAAUUUAUCAAGUUGGUGACAAUAUAUUUGCUGCUGUAAAGUUAUUUUUGUCUAAAAAGCUUAAAGAACUGACUAAUAAAAAGAGAGGAGGCUUAUUAAGAGACACAGAUGAAAAACUAACUAAAACAGCAAAACAAUUGGGUUACUCAUUGGAACAAAAAAGCUUGAAGGUGAAACAGCGAAAUAAGAAGAUAGUAACGAAGACAUUUCACGGAGCUGGUUUAGUUGUUCCUGUAGAUAAGAAUAAUGUUGGAUACAGAGAGCUUCCUGAAACAAAUGCAAAUCUCAAAAGAAUUUGUAAAACCAUUGUAGAUGCUCCUAAUGAUGACCAGAGAUUGAAAGCCUUUGCUCCUAUUCAGGAAAUGUUAACGUUCGUUCAGUUUGCUAAUGAUGAAUGUGACUAUGGAAUGGGAUAUGAACUGGGCAUAGACCUUUUCUGCUGUGGAUCACAUUAUUUUCACAAGAUUAUCAGCCAAUUGUUGCCUCUUGCAUAUAGUCUGCUGAAAAGAAAUCUGUUUGCAGAGAUAAUUGAAGCUCACUUAGCUAAUAGAAGAAAAGAGAAGGAUCAAGGCGGGGAUGAAAUGCUCCUGGAUCAGACCGGCCGAUCCAGUAGCGAUGGCAGCGGGUGGUUUGGAGACGGUAGCAGUUCAGCCGGUUCAGAUUUCACCACUGGAUCAAGGCUCAUCCAUUUAAGAUGCUUGGAGAUUUCAAACACAAAAUAGCUUCUUCACAACAUACGUAGUUAACUUGUGGAAUUCAAUACUGCAACGCAUGGUAUUAGCCACUAACUUGACAGGCUAGAAAAGAAAACUAGACCUACUACUCUGUAGUUUUCCAACAGGGUUAGACCAGUGAUGGUGAACCUUUUUGGGCUCAGCAUGUGAAAAAAAAAUGCCUAAUUUGAUCCUGCUGAUAUGCCACCUCCCUCAGAAAAAAUAGGUAAUUUUUUAUUUAAUUUUUUAAAAAAUACAGUCCAGUCAUGUGUGUGAUCCCCAAGAUAUGCUGCAUGACACUUCUUUCAGUAUUUUCUACCCAAGGCAACACCAGGUCACACAAGGCUUUUGUUCUUAAAGUGGCUUCAGAGAAUGUUCUUCUACAGCUGUUGAAAACUGCUUGACAGAACACCUGGUUCUCACAUGAUUUUCAGAGGUUCCAGAGGCCAUACAAAAGCACACCCUAUUCUUGCAUGGCCUCUGCAGUUUCCAAAAGUCGUUCAAGAAUGAAGUGUGCUUUCCAGACAGUUGUUUUCAGGUGUUGGUGGAUGUUGGUAUGUUAUCCAAAAUGGUAUGGUAUCUUCCCUUUGACAUGUGCAUCUUAGAUUCACCAUCAAUGAAUUAGCAUUUUGAAAUAUGGCAGCAUGUCUUCAAAUACCAAUGGCAGAGGAUAAUAGCAGGAGAAGGAUAUAAUUCCACUUCCUUAUUGCAUAGCGCCCAGAAUUUAUAGGCCAUGGUGAGAAACAAAAUCCUGGUGUCAAAUGGGCCUUGGCUGAUGGCUAUCCUUACAUUCUUACAGAAGAAUCACCAUUCAAACAAAACAAGAUUAUAUCCCCAAAUCAGACUCAAAUCAAACAUAUUUAUCAACAAAUGCUAACAGAUUGAAAAUUUACAUCAAAAUCAAAUCACCUAAUAUACAUACACUGCAAUAAAGCACAGAAUAUACUAGUCAAACUAUGUGUAGAACAAAGCAUUUCUUUCAGUUUAAAUGCCAUAUAACAGUCAUAUGAAUUUUUUUAGCAGUAACUCACCAGAAAUUUACUUUGUCUGGUUAUAUAAGAAUUCAAUCUGAUAUGUCACAGAAAUGAUAACCUAUUGUUCAGUUUUAAAUAAAUACGAAAUGAAAGGCAUAAACAGUCUUAGUACAUUUAGGGCAAAGUCCAGGCACACCCUAAUCCUAUUUGAACAUUUUAUUCAUUAUACAUAUGAAUAAAGUUAUCAGAAAAAAGCCCACACAUCUUUGAAAUAAAUGUCAGUAAUAUUUUAUUUUAAUUAAUUUAGUUUAUUCAGGGUUGCUGAAAAAAAAAUACUUAAAAGAGUGCUUCCUUCCUUUCAAGGAAGCCCAAUAUUAUAGAAAUAAAAUAGAAAGCUUCACUAGUGCUACUUUAUUAAUACUUUUUCCUCUAGCUCAUAGAUUUAAGCUAAGACAGCAGCUUCCACGAUAAAUGCUGAAACUGGAAGAAGAAACAGUGUUAUAUUUUUAAAAACUGCCUAUCAUAUUUGUGUGCUCUUUUGCAUAAUCACUCCAUGUCACAAUCACUCAUUUAGACUGCAGCAGCCAUAUUAAUCAGAAAAAUACAUGUCUGUUACUAUUUUAACAACAAACUCCCUAUGAAUUGUAAGCUCCCCCAAUUACACCCUCUCCUUCUCCCAUAACCUGAAAACCGCUCAUCCUCUAACAAUGCUUCAAAGCACCUAAUAAAGGAAAAGGCAUAAAAAUAUUUUUAAAGUAUUCAAUUUUUUAAAUGGCAUAGCAGUAGAAAAAUAGCAUUGAAAUCAAAACUUCCCAAGAUUGAAAAUAAAAACCAAUAUAACCCAUUUUGUUUUUACAAUAAAGGAUUUGUUUUAAAUCAUGCAGUAAAUUCAUAUUUCACCGAACAGUCAGAAUGCCAUGAAGGAGUUAAUGCUAAACAGCAUUUAGAGAGACUUCAACGCCUAGUAAGAACAGCAUUCUCUUUCACUGAGGAGUCAAAAUAGCUUCCUUGAUUAAUUCUAGUCAUUCUAGUUAUGGCAGCCAUUACUAUGGGGUUAUAGUAUUACACAAUUUACAUCAAAGCUUAAGCCUUCUGUUUUUUAAAAAAUAAAACCAGAUACCGAAGAUAGGAGUCGCUUGCUGAUGAUCUUAAGAAAAAAAUGGCUUAUCAACAAGGAAGCACAACCCAUGUUGGUAGAUCUAGUGUAAAACAAAUGAGAGAGGCUUGCCAAAAAUGCAGAGGUUUAAAAAACAAAAACAAAAACCUUCUCUCUCACUCUGAAAGCAACUGGCCACAUGACAAAAAGAUAAAAGAAACUAAAUCACAACAAAUUUGCUAUACCUCUUUUAUGCAACUCUCUUAAUGGAAUGCCAUCUCCUCCCCCAUCGUAUGGUAAAUAAGGAUCAGAAGAUACUUCCAUGAGCUUGACAAAAGGGGUUUUAAGAGCACAACAGCCACGGCGUUUCUUAUAGCACAGCAGCAGACUGGGAAGCUGCCAUAUUCAAUCAGGAUUUGGACUGUGUGCGGCUUAUUGCAGCAACUCCGUUCUUCCAAGUUCGAUGAUGUCAUCAAAGGGAAAUUAUUGCAGCCUGGUUGCUACUGACUACAAUCUAGGGGUGCUUAAAGGUGGAACAGCAGACUUAAUUUAUGAAGUCUGCUGUUUUUGAAGGUGACUAAGCCUGAAGUAAAGCAGAAUAAACUGGUUUAAGGAAGUCCAGGCUAAAUCAAGCAACAUCAGCUUCUAUUCAUGUCUGAAUAGGCAGCCAUAUUAGCCUUACAGCUUGUUCUUUAUACAGUCCAAAUAUUAGAGAUUCGUUUCUCUAAGAAAAGAAAAAUAAAUACAACCUCUUCUAUCUGAUGCUCACUUUUUAUGUUUACACCUAGAGCUGUAAAUUAUUACAAAGUAGCAUACACAAAUCACAAAAUGGCUUAAAAUAAUGAAUUUUUAUUCAUUCAAAAAAUGAAAAGUUUGCAGUCAUUUAAUAUAUUUCAUUUUAAGAAUGCCAUUUUAAUCACUUAGCCAAUGCAAAAAGCUAAAUAAAACUGUCUCUUUUAAAGCUUAAAGAUCUUAUGAAAACUGUUGAAAUUUACAACUAUGGUAACAAACAUAGAAUUUGUAUGCAUAUAAUGUUAAAUUUUCUUUCAGCCUGGAAAUAAACGACUGAAUUCAGCUUUUGAAUCUCACGUGUAUCAAGAUAGUGGCUUUCCACUUUUGCAAUGUAAUACUUUAAAAAAGAAUAAUCAUGAGACUCAACAUAAGGAUUUUUGGCAACUGAAGAAGGAACAUUAUUAUUUCUACAAGCUUAAUCAUUAGGUGGUUUUAAGCUUUAAAAAAGCUUGACAAGUUUUCGAGUUCAAGUAUAUUAAAUAAGGAUCUUCAUUUCCACACCUGAAAAAUGCUAGACAUAUUAUUGUUCUUAUUUCCAAAAUCAUAUCCAAGAGAUUGUUGUGGAAUAAUCCAAAUUUGAACACAUAUACACACACACAGACAAGAGACUGGUCUGCUUAAAUUGGCCUUAGCCCAUCCUCAGAGAUACCUACCAAUCUUUAAAAGAUCCAAUGUUUGAAGUGAAAUCAACAAUUAUAAUUCUAUUUGAUAUGAAAUAGAAAGAAGGCCAGCAUUAUAUAGCUAAAGCGUGGGCCACAGAAUCAGCAUAUCCCAUUUUAGAAAAUCAAUAGAUCCAUGUUUUAAGAGGCAUAACACAUAUUUCUGAUAUAAGAAUGAAGUUAAUUCAUCAGAAAAUACAAUUUCUUGUUCAUUGGAUCUUGUGCAGCCAUAACUGUGGUUUGGUUUCAAUUCAUAAUUCACAGACAAAUAAUAUUUUGGAAAGAACUGUAACUAUUGAAUAUUGCUAAAUGUAUUUCCCAGGUAUAAAAGGGAUUCCUUAACAUGGAUGGAUUCAGGAUAUGAGUCUGUUAUUCGUUUUUUAAAAGUCUUUUGUAAAAUAUAAAAGUUUAAAAAUGGGAGGAUGUAGCAGUAUGUUAAGAAGUGAAUUAAUUACAUGUUGAUACUAAAUGUCCAUUAUAUGAAUUUGUUGUGCUUUCGAUUACUCACUUUUAAUAUCCACUUUUAUAUAGCAAUGGUAAUCAAAUAUAGCCAUGAUUAGAUUUAUCAAUAAGAUAACCACCUUAAUGAUUCUUAUCAAUAAUUCUUAUCAAUAAGAAAUAUAAAAUUAAUGUAUAAGAUUGAUGAUAUAAAUAAAAGCUUCAAUACAGGACUCAAAAUAUAC